UCCGGUUAAUUUGUCAACAAACAACAAAUGAGGUUUGAACGAAAUUGAAAGUACUUUCUCACAUCAUAUCUUGUAUAUAUACUAGUGAUGAGAAUAAACAAAGAUGAACUACUUAAAAUAUAUCAUAAAGUACUUGAUAAGUGUGUUGACAAUUCACAUCUUGACUCUAUUCUAUACAAAUGUGAUAGUAUAUGCAAUAUCUUUUGAGGAAGCUUUGCCUUGUGAAAAUUUGCAACUGGGUCAGUAUAUAUGCAAAGAGCCAAUUGUAGAUAUAGAAACUCAAAGUGAGGAGAAUUGUGAUAAACUUACUAAAUCUGUUCCAGUUGAGUGCAUGCCUGCCGCUAAUGUGACUUGUAAAUCGUCAAAAUAUGGUGGUGCUGAAGUGACUUUUAAUGGAACAACUCCAGGAUUUUACAAGAAUGUCUCUUGUCGAUGGACAAAUGGACAUUCUUUUGAAACAGCACUCCUGUUGUCUGUCUUUUUAGGUAUGUUUGGAAUAGACAGAUUUUAUCUUGGAUAUCCAGCCAUAGGACUUCUGAAAUUUUCAACACUUGGAUUUUUCUUUCUCGGACAGCUAGUAGACAUAUUGCUAAUUGCGGCUCAAGUAGUUAUGCCUUCAGAUGGCUCAGACUAUAUAAUUGACUAUUAUGGGGCAAGAGUGACAAGAAUAUGUAUGAAUGAAGAGACAUAUAUUCAGCCUUCUGAUAGUUAAUUCGUAGAAAAAUGUUACUGUCAGCCUAAUCAGUGAAUAUAUUCCUAAAUUGAGGAAACCUGAGUUCAUAAGGUGAAUAAAAACUAUUGUGAAUUAAAUUUCUUGCGUACAUUGAACCAAAUUGAAUAGUGAUGAUAGACGAUCGACUAGUACAUCAUACUACAUGACACAUGCAUUUACAGAAAGUUAUGUAUACUCAUGUAUUACAAAAGAUUUUCACUGAACACGGGAUCACCUAAGUUUAUAACUCAUCAAGUGUCAAUCUUGAGUUGAACCUUUUCAAAUAAAUUGUUGAAUAACAAAAUGUUGACAGUUUCUUCUGAUUUCUUUACCAGACUUUUUAGAAUAAAGUAAUUGCAUUACAUGUACAUUAAUUUGUCUCAUAAUUAGUUUAAUAUUAAAUAUGUAUCAAUUUAAAAUGUAUUUAAUAAACACACCAAGGAGUUUCCUGGCCUUUUCUCAAAAAACACAUGUUUCUUUAAAAAGAAUAUAUAUACAUUGUGUACCCAUGAUACAUGUACAUGUACACAUGAUGUUCAUGUUCGUUUAAUAAUAAACACACAUUGUAUUA